GAAUGGUAGAUGGUGGCUCUCCUUUUACAACGCCGUCACCUGGUACACGGAACUGGCUUGGCUCUCCAUCAGCUCAGGGACCUUCGCCUGUAUCACGGCAUGGCACAGCAACCUCUCCUGGCCAUCCAGCAUUACAUUCACCUCAAACUCAAGUUAAAGAUUCAGAACAUUCAAAAUCUUCAGUUGUGAGCCCUGCUCCCAGAAUGUUACCACAGAGAUCAUGGGCUGCUUCCAUUCCAACUAUAUUAUCUCAUGAAGCAUUCAGUAAAUUGCUGACACCAUGCCCAUUGCCAGGAAUGAAUUUCCUACCAGCAUCUCCACUGGAACGAUUUUUGGGUUGUGUCUAUUUCCGGAGACAUCUACCUCGAGUAAUACAAGGAGAAAGUUCAGUAAGUAUCAGUAUGUUCCUACAUAAGUAGCCUAUGAUCUGUUAU